UCAGACACACGGUGGAAACUCCCAUGAAGCYUGCUGUCAGYUGCCAUUCGUUUAUCAAGGAAUGAUCUAUAGGAAUUGUAUUAAAGACUCUAACGGAAGACCUUGGUGUGCUACUACCUACAAUUAUGAUCAGGACAACCAAUGGGGACUUUGUAAAGAAGUAACACCCAAGUUAAACGCUCGCGUACAGGCCAAAUGCCCGCCAACAUGUGCAACCAAGUGUAUUAGCUCGUGCCCUGACCAUUGCUGUACUUCYCAGCCUACAUCUCAGUCAUCACUUGCAUCUACACCAAUGCCACCACCUCCUCCGCCUCCACCUCCUCCAGUAUACAUCCAGCCUCAAGCACCAAUAUACCCCCCUCCUCCGCCGAUGCAAUAUGCUCCAGYACAACCACCACAACCAUAUUAUUAUAACUACAAUGCACAAUGCCCUGCAGGUUGCCACUUCUACUGUGCUGGACAAUGCCCAGUAUACUGCUGUCCACAAAGACAGCAGAGUUAUUAUACAAAUUUAAUGACACRUGCCAAUUUUCCAACAACUUAUAAAUAUCAACAGAGGAACUACGCGAGGUCAUCGAUAGGUCAACAGUGCCCUGUGUAUUGUACCAGAAGCUGUUUACCGGGCUGCCCAGUGAAAUGCUGCACAAAACUCAAUAUUCUUAAAUAUUUAGCGAAAAAGCAUUCUGAAAAGAUGAACGUUAUAAAAAGGGCGAAAUCGUUCAAUAUGCUCCAACCCCCACCAAUGUCCCUCUCCCCUUUCACGUCACGUGAAMGAUCAUCAUCAACUGGAGCAUGCCCAAUAACAUGCGCUGCCCGCUGUACUAAAGCUUGURCMCGCCAAUGCUGUGCGUCYAGACCAUCUGGUGUUACCACAAWUAAUAAUGGGAAAAGAGAUAAAAUUGGAACAACAAAUGUACACGACAUUGAUGUGCGAGAUUGUCACGGAGGUAUUCCCACGUUUGGCGGGAAUGGGAAUGGUGCAUGCUGCUCGUUUCCGUUUAUUUAUCAUGGCAAAGUCUACAAUGAAUGCACAAGCAAAGAUUCGAAGGAGAAAUGGUGUUCGACGACACCCAUUUAUGAUGUCGAUCAACAGUGGGGUCUUUGUUUAUGAUUUAUGCCAGUGACCCCACAAAACAAAGACAUGACAAUACCGGAAUAACAUUGCGGUUGAAAGUGUCAUGAAGCAAAUGGAAAACUCCGCUAUACAAAUAUCCAAGCAGCAACAAAGAUGACUCAUAUCAACACGGAGUUUUUCUGAAAGAUGUAAAUUUAUUGAAGGAAUCUGAUAAUUUUUGUAUAUUACAAUAAACAUUUUUAUGUUUAUUACGAAA